CGUCAGGCCAGGGAGCCGAGCGCUACCCGGGCUGCUGCUGCAGGGAGUGGCCGAAGAGGCGGACGCAUCUUCUCCGGCUCCUCCUCGGCUCUGCAGCUUGCACGGGCCGGCCAGCACUGAGCCCGUCCUGGGAGGGUCCUAGACGAGCCCAGAAGCAUGAGGUCCCGGGCUCCCGCUGGCACUCUGGCGGCGUGGCGGCGGCGGCUGCUGCCGCUGCUGCUGCUGCUCCUCCUGCGGGCCGAGGUGCUGCCAUGCACCCAGCUGACUUUCGAACUGCCAGACAGCGCCAAGCAGUGUUUCCACGAGGAGGUGGAGCAGGGGGUGAAAUUCACCCUAGGUUAUCAAGUCAUUAGUGGUGGACACUAUGAUGUAGACUGCUUUAUUGAAGACCCCCAUGGAAAGACAAUUUACAAAGAAACCAAGAAGCAGUAUGACAGUUUCUUUCACCAGACAGAGAUCAAAGGAAUCUACAAGUUUUGCUUCAGUAAUGAGUUUUCCACAUUUUCCCACAAAAUUGUCUUCUUUGACCUUCUAAUUGGAGAUGAACCCCCCAUUCUCCCAGAGAUGGGAAACAGAGUCACUGCAUUGACACAGAUGGAGUCUGCUUGUGUGACCAUUCAUGAAGCCUUGAAAACAGUGAUUGAUUCUCAGACACAUUAUCGACUCAGGGAAGCUCAGGACCGGAACCGAGCUGAUGACUUGAAUGAGCGUGUUUCCUACUGGUCUGUGGGGGAGACAGUCAUACUAUUUGUGGUCAGCAUCAGUCAAGUGGUGCUUCUGAAAAGCUUCUUCACGGAAAAGAGACCAACUAGUCGGGGUGUCAGCUCUUAAUUCUUGGGCACACACUGGGGUGUGGAGUUUUUCCAUGUUCUUAAAACUAGAAGGAGGAUAUUUUCCCUGUAUUCUAUUGGCCUAUAAAAUCAGGUGAUAAUGUAGAGGCAAAGCCACUAUAAAUUAUAACAGUGCCAUUUUG